ACUUUUUAAUACUUUCAACACUACUAUAUAACAAAUAAUUUGAGUUACUAAGUACCCAGACUGAUAUCAGCAUUAUGGACGGGCUUGAUGGACUGACGAACCCCUUUAUGGAUCUUGACCAGGGAGGAAAGUGUCAGGCGUACUACAUCUGGAUUGAUGGUACUGGAGAGGGACUCAGGGGUAAAACGAAGACACUGAUGGAGCCCACAAUGGAUCCGGAAACACUGCCAGUGUGGAACUUUGACGGAAGUAGCACUAUGCAGUCCCUUGGACAGAACAGUGACAUCUACAUCAAGCCGGUCGCUUGCUUCAAGGAUCCAUUCCGACGUGGUGACAACAUCCUCGUUAUGUGUGAAACACUCGACCACGAGGGUAACGUCCAUCCUACCAACAAGCGACGCAGCUGUUUUGAGAACAUGGAGAAGUGUAAGGAGGUCAUACCUUGGUUCGGAAUUGAACAGGAGUACACCAUGUUUGAUUUCACUGGGAGACAGCCGUAUGGGUGGCCAAGCAACGGUUACCCAGGACCCCAGGGCCCCUACUACUGCGGUGUUGGAUCUGACAAAGUAAAAGGAAGGAAGAUCGUGGAGGCUCAUUACAGAGCUUGUAUGUACGCUGGCAUCAUGAUCGCUGGAUCCAACGCCGAGGUCAUGCCUUCUCAGUGGGAGUACCAAGUAGGUCCCUGUGAAGGUAUCACGAUGGGUGACCACCUCUGGGUUUCCAGAUGGAUACUUUCGAGGAUUGCGGAAGAGUUCAACGUGGUUAUCAGCUACGAUCCUAAACCUAUUCCUGGGGAUUGGAACGGCGCGGGAUGUCAUACGAACAUCAGCACAUUAGCGAUGAGAGAGGAAGGAGGACUGGAGAAGAUCUACGAAGCGAUCGAAUUAAUGGGAAAGAAGCACGAGGAGCAUAUCCACGACUACGACCCAUCAGGAGGAGAGGAUAACAAGCGGAGGUUGACUGGACUCCACGAGACAGCCAGCUUUGAGAAGUUCAACUUCGGCGUGGCCCAUCGUGGUGCGAGUAUUAGGAUUCCUCGACAGGUUGCAGCCGACGGAAAGGGAUACUUUGAGGACCGAAGACCCAGCAGCAACGCUGACCCGUACGUCGUUACCGACAGAAUUGUCCGUACCAUCUGCCUUGGCGAGUAAAUAUAGUCAUCACGUGACCUAUGACCUUCUAUAGCAUCGAUGAUGUCAUCAUGUUUAAAUUGUUUAGAAUUUGUUUUCAAUUUGUACUAUGUUGUUAUAUAUAGAGGACAUUAUUAUAUAUGGGGUCAGAUUGUUUACAUAAAAAACAAUGAUUGUUUCAGUAAAAAAUGUUUUCGUCAGUGAAGUGUGUUGAUUGAAUACGUUCACGUUUUGCUAAAUUCGUUAAGAGUUAUUCUUUGGAAUGAUUCAGAAACUUGUGCAAUUCACAUAGUUUUAAAAUUUUAAAUAUUAUUGAAAAAAGUUAGAAAAUAAU